AUGCCCUUGUUUGGCAACAUUUUCAGUCCCAAGAAAACACAACCUCGGAAAUCUGCAUCCCUUUCUAAUCUACACACACUGGAUCAGUCAACACGAGAGAUUGAAUUAAGCCUGGAAUAUGGAUCUCCGGUGAUGAAUAUUGGCGGACAGAGCUUGAAAUUUGAAGAUGGCCAGUUGAUCUCAAAGUCAGGAGGUAAUGUAGCAGGAAAAGCGGUACAGCGACUGAAGAAAAGGAAUCUACAGCUAGAAGAAGAGAAUAAUCUCCUCAGGCUGAAGAUUGAGGCUCUUCUUGAUAUGCUUUCAGAGUCAACGGCAGAAACACAUCUAAUACAGAAGGACCUUGAAGAUUUCCGGAGUAAUUCUAGGAGAAAGAAAUUAUGA